CAAACCGUAAACACAACUGAGAGCAAAGUUAAUGUUACACUUACAUAAUAAUAAUUAUUUUUUUUGACUAAACACUCACCAUAAGUAAUUUGUUGGCUUAUAAAAGGGGAUCUUAGGAAAGUUAUUUUCUCAGGCCACACACAAAAACCACAGCAACAUAAAAUUUGCCAUUUCUCAUCAUUUAGCAGAUACCAAAGAAUCUGCAACCAUGUUGUUAGAAAUUGCAGUUGCUUUAUUGGUCAUAGCUUUGUUCAUUUAUUUGCGUCCAACACCCACCGCUAAAUCAAAAGCACUUCGUCACCUUCCAAAUCCACCAAGUCCAAAACCUCGUUUACCAUUCAUUGGUCAUCUUCAUCUUUUAGAUCAUCCACUUCUUCACAUAUCUUUGAUCCGUUUAGGUGAACGUUAUGGCCCUUUAUACUCUCUUUACUUUGGUUCUAUGCCAACUGUUGUAGCUUCAACCCCUGAUUUGUUCAAACUCUUUCUUCAAACUCAUGAAGCUACUUCUUUUAACACAAGGUUUCAAACCUCUGCUAUUAGACGUUUAACUUAUGAUAACUCUGUUGCUAUGGUACCCUUUGGACCAUACUGGAAAUUUGUUAGGAAACUUAUUAUGAAUGAUCUUCUUAAUGCUACUACUGUUAACAAGUUGAGACCUUUGAGGAGUAAAGAGAUUCGUAAGGUUCUUAAUGUUAUGGCUAACAGUGCUGAAACUCAACAACCUUUGAAUAUCACUGUUGAGUUACUUAAGUGGACAAAUAGUACUAUUAGUACUAUGAUGUUGGGUGAAGCUGAAGAGGUUAGAGAUAUUGCUCGUGAUGUUCUUAAGAUCUUUGGGGAGUAUAGUGUUACUGAUUUCAUUGGGCCUUUGAAGAUUUUCAAGAAGUUUGGAAACUAUGAGCAGAGGAUUGAUGCUAUUUUUAAUAAGUAUGACCCUAUCAUUGAAAGGGUUAUCAAGAAAAGACAAGGGAUUGUGAACAAAAGAAAGAAUGGAGAAGUUCUAGUGGGUGAGGAGGAGAAUGUAGUUUUUCUUGAUACUUUGCUUGAAUUUGCUCAGGAUGAGACCAUGGAGAUCAAAAUUACUAAGGAACAAAUCAAAGGUCUUGUUGUGGAUUUCUUCUCUGCUGGUACAGACUCAACGGCUGUGGCAACCGAAUGGACUUUGGCGGAGCUUAUCAAUAAUCCGAGGGUGUUGAAGAAAGCUCGCGAGGAGGUAGAAUCAGUUGUGGGAAAAGAUAGACUUGUUGACGAAUCAGAUAUUCAGAAUCUUCCUUACAUUAGAGCCAUGGUGAAAGAGGUAUUCCGCUUGCACCCACCGUUACCUGUGGUUAAGAGAAAAUGUACCGAAGAGUGUGAGAUCAACGGGUACGUGAUCCCAGAAGGAGCAUUGAUACUUUUCAAUGUAUGGCAAGUUGGAAGAGACCCAAAAUAUUGGGAGAAACCAUUGGAAUUUCGUCCUGAGAGGUUCUUAGAAAAUGCUGGUGUAGGUGAAGGUGAAGCGUCUUCAAUUGAUCUUAGGGGUCAACAUUUCACACUUCUACCAUUUGGGUCCGGAAGAAGAAUGUGUCCUGGAGUCAAUUUGGCUACUGCCGGAAUGGCCACACUACUUUCAUCUAUUAUCCAAUGCUUUGAUCUACAAGUACCUGGUCCUAAUGGACAAAUAUUGAAAGGUAGUGAUGCUAAGGUUACCAUGGAUGAGAGACCUGGUCUCUCUGUUCCAAGAGCACAAAAUCUUGUGUGUGUUCCACUUGCAAGAGCUGGUGCAGCUAAACUCCUUUCCUCUUAAAUCAUAUUUGGAACAAAAGAAAUGGUUGACAUUAGUCAUGGUUCAUGUUUUUAUAUUGUCGUAAAAAUCCUUUGCAAUAAGAUAUUAUUGAGAGACGGUGUGAAUCUGAUGAACAUUGUCUCUCUUUGGUAUGAUGUAAUUUUGUUCUUUUCCUUUUUGUUCUUGUCACAAAAGUGUUAUAAUUGCGUACAAAAUCUACAGAUUUUAUCGACAUAUCCAUUAAUAUUAUCACAGUA